UACUUUUCCUACUUUGACAGUGCUACAGAACAACCCACCCUCCUAUUAGGCAUUUUAACAUUGCUUUUGCAUAAGACGCUGCACCACAAGUCGGCAACGUCUCGCCCCCGCUCUCUCAUCCCAUCUCAUCAAGAUAAAGCCAACACACCAGGCGAUGGAGGAUCCAUGGCAGAGGGCGUACGAUUUUGCCGUCAAAGUGGCGGGAGUUGAAAUGGUAGCUGGUGAGGAAAUUCGGAAAGCCGGCGAGAGCGAAAUCAAGGUGUCGACAAAGAGCUCCACCGUGGACCUGGUCACCAAGACAGAUGAGAGGGUGGAGAAAAUCAUCAUCAAUUCACUCAAACAAGAGUUUGGAGACAACACCUACAGCUUCAUCGGCGAGGAGUCGGUGGCAAACGGCAAACCGUGCAUCUUGACUGACAAACCCACGUGGAUCAUCGACCCGGUGGACGGAACCACCAACUUUGUCCAUGGGUUCCCAUUUGUGGCCGUGUCGAUCGCCUUUGCAGUCAAAAAGCAGUUGGAGUUUGGCGUGGUGUACAGCUGCUUGGAAGACAAGAUGUAUAAAGCCAGGAGAGGCAAAGGAGCUUUCUGCAACGACGAGCUCAUUCAAGUGUCGGACGUGAAAGACAUCCACAAAUCCAUCAUCAUCUCGGAGCACGGCACCGACAGGAACCCCGAAAAGGUCACCAAGAUCUUCUCCACCAUGCAAAAGAUCCUGCGCAUCCCCGUGCACGGACUGCGCGGCUCGGGCACAGCCGCCACCAACAUGUGCCUGGUGGCGUGCGGGGCGGUGGAGGCUUUCUUCGAGAUCGGGAUCCACUGCUGGGACAUCGCGGCGGGGGCAGUGAUCGUGACUGAAGCUGGCGGAAUACUGCUGGAUGUGGACGGGGGGCCGUUCGACUUGAUGUCUCGGAGGAUGGUGUCGGCAAACAACAACGUUAUCGCUGAACGGAUCAUUCGUGAAAUCGAAAUAUUCCCCGUGGAGAGGGACGACACCAACGUCAGCAAGAAGUGAGAGGAUCCUCGCACACCUUGUUUUUCUACACGCGCACACAAGCACAAGACCAUCUGCCUUGUCUUCUGUAUUUUCCACAAUAAAACGACUAUGCAACGGCA